AUGAGAGUAGGCAAGGGUUGUGAAAGGUGUCGCACUCGCCAUAUCCGAUGUGUGAUUCCCGCUGGUGCCUCGGCCUGCACCCCAUGCUCACGGCUUGGUCGGGCCUGUCAUCUCGAUCCCCGCUUUCAGUUCAAGGCUGUUCACCAUGUCUAUCAGAAGAGCAAUGGGGCCCCUGCACGGUUCGAUCUGGCCUGGGAUGAGGAGCAAGUCUGGGUAGAUGUGUCUCGCCCUGCGACGUUUGUCCUUGAGACGAAUGAUGUAUUAGCUGGAGACGAGAAAAACGCGUCGCCAGACGACAAGGAUCGAUCGCCAACCCACAUGUCACAGCGCGGCCGUGGAGGAAACCGUGAACUUUAUAGGGAGGACAUAGACAAAGCUCGCGCAGGUAGCCCUGCGAUCCACGAGAAUGAACCUCAACAGAACCCGAGCAGCGGUCCACUAAGUCAUACUUCCGGUAAUGAAUCAACAUUAACAUUGAGGGAAGCAUCCCUGAUGCGCUAUUUUAUCCAGAAAAUAGCACCCUGGGCCGAUAUUUGCGAUGUCCAAUCUCACUUCAGCACUGAAGUCCCAAGACGAGCGCUGCAAAAUUCGAUGGUGUUAAAAGCAAUUUUGGCCCUAUCUGCACGCCUUGAUGCUAUUUUGGCCGGCGAUAGUGACUGGGAGGCCUCGACUUAUCAUGGACAAUGCCUGCAGCUAUUGAUCGCAGCAUUGGACCAAGCCGAAACGAACUGCGAUGAAAAUAUGCUCAUUGCGGUUGUGAUCCUCCGUAUUUAUGAAGAGCUGGAGAACAAUACUGACCAGCAGUUUCACCUGCUAGGAUCUAACAGACUUGUCAACCUUGUGGCACGCUCUGCAUCGUCAGGUGGAUUGGCAGAGGCAGUGAGCUGGCAGUUUCUGCGACAGGCUAUCUAUGCAUCGAUAGUUCAGUAUCAACCCCUGCAGUUAGAGAUGCAAAACUACGAGCGCUCAUCUAUGUUUCACCGCCAUGAUGAUGCCGCCUGUGCCAACGUGAUCAUUUAUCAUUGUGCGCGUAUAAUCCAACUCUGUUCCGAUUCGCCUGGGAGAAUUGUGGAUCGAGAAGCCUGGUGCAACAUCUCGGAAAGUGUGAAUGAGUGGAACCGAACGAAGCCCAUGACCUGGCAGCCAUUACGGUACCAGGCACCAGACGUAUCUGUCGACAGACCCUUUCCUGAGCUAUGGAUGAUAUCCCCCCCUGCAGGUAUACCUCCAGUCAUGGUUUAUUUUGAAGUAUGCGAGUACUGA